GCCGAAAAAAGGUCCGGGAGAAGUGUCAGCGGCCAGGAGUGGGACCCUGCAGCGCAUUCUUUCCUUGCCGGCGGCCGUCCCCGCGGCUGGCGGGUUAGGGCAGGGGAAAUGUUGCAGGAGGAGUCGGACCUGUCCCUCAUCAUUGCCCAGAUCGUCCAGAAACUCAAGGGCUCCAAUUUGUAUGCUCAGCUGGAACGGCAGGCCUGGUCCUGUCUUCAGAGACCCGAGAUCAGACUCGAAUCACUCAAAGAAGAUAUUAAGGAAUUCUUUAAAAUAUCAGGUUGGGAGAAGAAACUUCAGAAUGCUGUUUAUAGUGAACUGAAUGUGUGAGUUUUUUCCUAUCUAUUUUGAGAUACUAUUUUGUUCAACUAUACUUACUUUGUAAGUAGUAAAAAUUAUUGUUGUUGUCUAUACCUAUACUCUCAUUAGAAUACUUACAGAAUUGCAAGCAACUCAAUGUCACAGAUCACUGCAGUCUAGUCUGAGAAAGAGUAAUAAAUAGGUGGGGCUUUUCUCUAUUACCAGCUUUAUAUACUGAGAAUGUAUUCAUCCAAGGUAAUUAGGUUUUGAGAUAGUUCUAAUAAUACUUACAUUCUUCUUAUUGUUGAAUUUAAAACAUUAAGCUUCUUUCUGCCAUUACAAACUGACCAUUAUAAACGUAAUUUCUUUUUCUUUGCAAGAUUAUUAUCAUUACUAAAAACCUAAAUGUUUUUAUUUAUCUUGAUUUGCCAUCAGUGCUUAUUAAAGUAUAUAGAAAUUUUGCUCUAAAAAAUAUAGCUCCAGAAUGUUAUCUUGGUGGUUUAUUAAAUACCCCAUUAUUCAUCUGUCAUUCAUGGAGUGUUGCCUCUGUGCUAGUGGGUUGAGAAGCACUCAGGAUGUAGAGUAGAAACCUAAGCACACAUCCUGCCCUCAUGGUGUGUAUAAACAGCCAAAGGAGGUUCAGUGUCUGCUGUUUUGUUUUACCACUUGGUCUGUCUCUAGCAUGCUGUAGUUUUUAACACUCCAUUCCCACAGUCUCUGUCUAAGCUAUCUAACUGGGAACUGAGAUACGCUUGUUUAACCACACUGCUUCUGGGGUAGGCUCAGAUGAAGACCUGUAGAUUUAUACUUUAGAUGUGCAAUUUGUUAACUUUUCUAUUGUUGUGAAGAAACUCCACAUCAAGGCAACAUAUAACAGAAAGCAUUUAAUUAGGGGGUUGCUUACUGUUUCCGAGGGCGAGUUCAUGGCCAUCUUGGUGGGGACCAAGACAGCAGGUGGACUGGCACAGUGUUGGAGUAAUAGUUGAGACCUUAUACCCGAAGCAUAAGGCCAAGGUUUCCUUUGCCAAGUCAUCCUUCUGCACCCCCUGAGCAUCUCAAAGAACCUUUGGUGUACAUGAGGAAAGCACAGGGAAGCUGGGAAAAAAGAAUCUUGAAGAGUUUAAAUAGUAUGUGCACAGAACUGAGUAUCCCACUAGCACGAAAGAGACCAGCUAUGGAGCAGAAAGAGCUUCUCAAUAAGUGGAAUGAGAUGGGAACGGAUGAGCCAGAUUUAAGCCUUUUUCGACCCGUUUAUGCACCUAAGGACUUUCUUGAGUUUUAGGACUCAUUUGGGUUUAAUCCAAGUUCCUCUGAAAGUAAAAGACAUCCCUGAAUUGAAAGAAUGCUUUGUAGAACUUGGCUUAAACACAGGACAACUGGGAAUAGAUGAUUCUACACAAGUGCCUCCUGAACUUUUUGAAAAUGAACAUGUGCGUAUUGGGCAGAAAGUUCUAGCGCAGCAGGACAGCGCUGCUGCUCAGCAGUACAUCCGACAAGGAAGUCCCACAGCACUGAGAGCUGAGCUCUGGGCGCUCAUUCUGAAUAUCUCCAGUCAGCCUGAGGAUAUCCUGUAUUAUGAGCAGCUUAAGACCAAUGUGAUCCAGCACGACCUUUUGGUGGACAGUCUCAUUUAUAAAGAUGUGAAGCUGACAGCAAGCAAUGAUGAUUACUAUUUUGUAUUUGAAGAUUAUUUAUAUCAGGUGUUACUUUGCUUUUCACGGGAUACGUCUGUACUGGGCCACUUUGCAUACAACAGUGCUUCACCGCCGAAGUCAUACAUCAGAGGAAAACUAGGAUUAGAAGAAUAUGCUGUUUUCUAUCCGCCCAAUGGUGUCAUCCCUUUCCAUGGGUUUUCCAUGUAUGUUGCACCAUUGUGUUUUCUGUAUCAUGAACCUUACAAAUUGUAUCAGAUAUUCCGUGAGAUGUACGUCCGCUUUUUCUUCAGACUCCACUCCAUCUCCUCUCAUCCUUCUGGUAUUGUGUCACUCUGUUUGCUGUUUGAAACUCUUCUUCAAACGUAUCUUCCCCAACUCUUUUAUCAUCUGCGAGAAAUUGGAGCUCAACCACUUCGGAUAUCAUUUAAAUGGAUGGUUCGAGCUUUUUCUGGAUACUUAGCUACAGAUCAACUCUUGCUUUUAUGGGAUAGAAUUCUAGGAUACAACUCUCUGGAAAUACUUGCUGUGCUGGCAGCUGCCGUGUUUGCUUUCCGAGCAGUGAACCUGAUGGAGGUGACAUCACUGGCUGCAGCUGAAGCAGUUCUGGCUGACCUUUCUACUUUAAAAGUCAUGCCUCUUCUUCAAAUUUUUCUGUUUGCUACCGUCACCUGAUCUUCGAGGUCGCUGACAACACCUCUAGUUUUUCAUUAGAAACUAAUCAUGAACUAUGCAAACCUGCAUACAUCCAGAAUUAAACUUUGCACAUAAGCCAAUAAAGAUCAUGUUCCCUCCUCCGUUAAACCUAAGAAGUUUUCACUUUUUAAAACAAUAACCCUACACACCAAAUACUGCGCUUGCAUGCUGAUGAUUGUCAAGAGAGAAGCAAUAGACAUCAGUUCUGCUGAAGCGAGCAUCCUCCAUGCAGAUCCCUAACUGGUAACAGGCUCGUACCAUAUAUGCAAUAAGAACUAACGACACUGUAAUAAACUUGAAGAAGUAACACAGCUUCUUGUCAGUUUGUAAACUUCUCCCUAGAUAAUAAUUUUAUUUUAUAAAUUGUUCCCCACUAAAACUAAUUGGUUGGAUGGGGCUUGAAAAGGCUUGAAAAUAAUGUAUUUGAGUGGAAUUUAAAUGUACUUUGGUAUUUUUUAUCAACUUUUAAUUUAUGAUGGAUUUUUUCAUAUCCCUCCCAUUUUAUUUCUCCAUUAAACAUCUCUACUGGGAAAAGGUAUACAGAUAUCUCUAAUAAUCUUUUGACUUGUUUUUGUUGUUGCUUUUUUUGAGACAGUCUUAUAUAGUCCAGUCUUAUAUAGCUACUCACUGUGUAGUAGAGGAUGACUGAGUUCCAGAUCCCCUCGUCUCCAUCUGCCAAGCGCUGGGAUUACAGGUGUGUCCCACCCCACCUACCCCAUCUGAUGCUAGGUUAUUCUUUCCAUUGGAAGUCCCUUUGCACUUCCCCGCCUCCCAUCUUUUACACAGAAGCCUUGAUACUGCUGAUGCUGAUGGUGAUGCUUGGUGCCAGAUUCUGUUUUCCUUGGAAGAAUACAAGGAGGAGGAAUCAAACCCAGCUCUGUUUUGCUGAGCUUGGUGCUUCUAGAUUGCCUUCAGAGCAGAACAGCUUAAAAACACCACAAGUGUUUGUUCAUCCUAGAACGGGAGCCACUGUUCAAGGCACUGGGUCUUAUUUUAAUGUUUAUUAUAAGCAAAGCAUUUUGAUUUGUUUUAUAUUUCUUGAUGAUAUGCCAUUUCAGUACAUGGAAUAAUGUAAAGGAAUUGUCUUCUGAUUUUAGAUAAAAAUUGAAGAUGCUGAUCACUCUAAAAAAACUCAAAUCAAUAGAUUGACACUCUCCUUAUCUGAAAUUUAUUAGGUCUUAUCCAAAUGUAUCUUAGAAAUCUGUUAUUUUCACAGCAUAUAUUAGGAAAACUAUGAUAUUCAACAUAAUACUUCAAGUGUGGUGAAAUUUGGUGUCAAUAGCUUACCGAGAAUCUAAGUUCUCUCAUUCAUCAGGUACUUGCUGACUUAGUGAAGUCUAAACAAUUUACUCUGUGUUUGAGUCUUAAUAAGUCCCCAUCUUACUGUUUUUGGUGACACAUCAUGUCAUGUGUCUUGCCAUCCUGCAUGUCCAGGUGCCCCUCCAUGGAGAGGACAAGCAUGAUUCUGGGGCUAGUGUCCCCCUUUGUCACAGUGUCAAAACUAUUAGGAAGCAGUUGUGUUUUAGAUAAUUAGUAGAGCGGUACCCAUGCCAAUCUUUAAGCUUUUUAAAGAAAAAUAUAAUUUUACUAGAGAUAUUGUAGUUACCUGAUACACUCCAUCAGAGAGUUCUCCUAAAUAAUUAGAUCUGUUUUGGGCAGUUAAGCGGGAUACCAAACAGUAACAAAUUAUUGUUUCUGCUGUGUUUACCUCACACAAUUAUGGAGGACCACAUGAGUAAAUAUAUAUGGAAGUGAUUUUCUUAAACCUUAAAAGACCAAUCAAAUGUGGUGUUACUAAUUCUUAUGUAACAGAUUAACUCCAACUGCUAGAAGGUAACAUGAAAAAUGCCCAGCUUGAUUGGCAUGUCUGUUGUAUUUCUUGACAGCUUGAAAUGAUGUGUGUUGAGAAAUGAAUCUUUCCAGGAUGGUGCUUUCAUUUAGUGCAGUCUACUCUAGCUGGUUGCUCUGAAUUUUAGUCCCAGACCAAAGCUGGUAGGCAACCUUAUACUUUGCCACUAUGGCAACCCCGCAUUGCUGGUGUUACCUGCUGGGUAAGCACUAAAGAGAGAGCCGUCAGGCCGCUCUGCCCAUUCCAUCCCUAACUGUGCUUCUUCACCCUGCCUCCUGUGCUUUCUCUGAUCAACCAUCGACACCCCCUUCCUUCUGCUCUGCCGGUGACCACAGAAGUCUGGAAAGCAAGUGAUGACCAUGAGCAUAUAGUGAAACAGCCUCACAGGCAGGUUAUGUUUCGUUCUUCUGAACUCAGUCCACUAACACACACCAUGGCUUUAGGUAUGGAAGAACAUGUCUAACAAUCCCUGGACCAGGGUGUUUUGCUACUGCAGUAGCAGUAUAACUAAAUGAAUGACUAAAAUGCCCAGCUUGAUUUAACUGCCUGUCCAGUGCUUCUUGCUCAGCUGGGGCUCUCUCCUCUCACUCCAUAGGGAGAAGAAAAACCAAUAAGCUCUCACCUUUUCCACUUGGUAGUCUAAAGCUUAGCUUGAUCCCCAUAUGUAAUUUCUUCCUUCUUGUCUCAAGAAGUCUUUAAUCUAUUUCUAUCAUUCUUUAAAUCCUGACUAGUCUGAGUUAUUUCUGUCUUUACAAAGUUUCACUACUUGUUGCUUAAAGGAUAAAAAUCUCUGCUCAUCAGCAUAGCAGCAAUAAUUCCUCAUGCCUGGCCUUUUGAUUUCUUUGUCCCAUGAUGAUCUUCAGCCAGUUCCAGAUGGUCAUCUCCUCUCUGUAGAAGGAACCCACAUGUUCAAGGUCCUACUCAGAAAAGGCUCUUCAGUUGCCAAGAUGCACUGGAUCCUACACAUUAUAGUUAUUCCUGUGUCUUUGUUCAUCCAUUAAUGUGGUGCUUAUAAUAGUGGGUAUUAGUAUGGUCAUCAUCAUUGACUUCCUAGCUGUCCAAGUCGCAAGAAGAGAUUGUCUGCAUGAGUUUGUAUUUCCUGAGUUGUUCCAAACUUUUUGGAAUACAUUUUUUCUUAAACACAAAUAGUCUCAUCCUUCCACAAAGGCUCUGAGCUCUACUCAUAGUUUGUCUCUUAACCCCAAGCUCUCUGGGUUGGUCAAGCAGUCACAUGUGCCAUCCUACUAGCCAUGGAAUGAAUGACUUUGAUAUCAACUCAAAAAUCUAUGACCAGUGAAAGCCAAAGACACUUGGUUAGGAGACUCUGAUUUAACCUUUCAGGGAAACUGAAUGUAAGAAAGAAAGACUAUGACCCAGCUCCGGUAUCUAGUGAACGGAGAGACAGAAAAGCUGCCCUUGGUUCUUGUGGGUCCCCGGAAUGCACCCCAGUAGCCUUCUGCUGGACCCUUUUGUAUGUAGGUCAAAGGAUUGCCUUUGUUCUUUGCAACAGCAAGGAUUCUAACGUCUGUAGGUAUUUUCCUUUGAGGCUUGAGAUCUAUUGGGUGUAGAAGCUCAGUCCACACCCUGUUCAAAAUGGUGUAAGACUUCUAAAUUCCUUGAGUCAAGGCAGAACUGUGGCCUUACAAGAAUAAAGCCUAUCUUCGGUGCCUACCUAAUAUCCCUAACUAGGCUCUUUGACCUUUGGCCCUUUGUCCUAUAACUCCCUCACUUAGAAUGCUUUCUCUUCUCUUCUUACCUAACUACAACUUGUACCUCAGAACCUACCUCAGGUGACGCAUCAUCAGGAAGACCGCUCCUCAUACCCUAAGUCAGCCCAUGUCACACCACUGUCCUACUUGUCUUUGUUCUCUGCUACAUGGUAACUCCUCAAGGGCCAAAAAUGGUCUCAUUUUAGCUUUGCACUUCUAGAGCCAAACAGUCCUUGCCCCAUUACAGGCUUGCUAAAUGUUUAUAAGUGAAUGGAUGGGGCCAUCUAACUCAGUAGUCAUUUUCCUCUUGAUGGCGACACUGUUCAGAGUGACAUCUUGUCCAGCAUCAUGUAGCCAUUUUACCUUUAGUUUACUAAAGAGAAAGUUUUAAAGGGAAUAAUAUCUUUAGAGGAGAAAAUUAAUGCUUUAUUUUUUCAUUUAAGUGAAUACAUAUAUAGUAAAACUGAACAUAUGUAAAGUAGAAUUCUCUUUAAGUGUACAGUUUGGUAUAAAUGGAUGUACCCAUGUCACCUCUUUUAAUAAUUGAGGUAGCAGAAUGUUCCCCUCACCUAAGACAGUAGAUCCCUAUAUGCCCUUCCUAUUCAGUCUCCUGCACACUCACAGAUGGGGACUCCAAACCGUCACAGAACUGUGGCUAGCCCUAAAGACUAGCCUUUCUUCUCUAGAGGUUCAACUCUAUACUCUUGUGUCUGGCUUGCUCUACUUGGCAUAAUGUGCUGGGAUUCAUACUGUGGCAUUGGUAGUUCACUGUCGAUUGUGGCUGAAUACAUAUCUUCAUAGAGGCAUGCAUCUUCCUUCCCCUGAGGCAAAUGCCAAGUAUAACGGAUACUGUGAGUCAUAUAUCCGUACUUGUUUACCUUCCUAAGAAGUCUUCAGGUUCUUGUGUGAAGUGAUUCCACCAUUUACACUCCCACCAACAGUGGAGGAGUUGCAGUGGUUCCCAGUCCUGGUUGUCAAUGUAUUAAUUAAGUUAAUAGGUGGGCAUGUUUUAUUUUUUCUGUUAUUUCCCCAGUUAGAUAGAACAGCACCUUAUUAUGCUUUGUUGCUGUUUAUACAUAAGUUAUUAUUUUAUAGUCUACUCUUUUGUUCAUUUAAAUCAGUUACCUUCUUAUUACAUUUUAAGACUUAUUUAUUGUGGAUAUAGCAUAGAAAUCCCAUUAUGCAUUAUACCUUAUUUUUUAUUAACUAUACCCUUUUUCUUUUUAAUUUUUAUUUAAAAAUUUACCCUCACUCAUAUUUACAUAAAAUUUAUUAUUCCCCCCCCCCCCCCGCACAACACUAAUUACCUUUUUCAACAGCAAAAGCUUUUAUUUUGUUGAAAACAAAUUUGGCAUUUUUUUUUCUUUUAAAGGGUUUUUGUGUACUAUCUAUAAAAUCCUUGUGUAACUCAGUUACACAUACUUUCCCCAUGUUUUCCUCUAUAAAUUUUAUAAAUUUAGUUCAUUCAUUUAGAGCUAUGUUUCUUUUUCUUUAGUUCCUUUAAUGUAUGUGUGAGGUUAAGGGCUAAGGUUCAUGUUUUCACUCUGGUGCCCACCUUUGCUAAGCAGGCCACCUUUCCAUGCUGCAUCACGCCUCUAUAAAGUCAGGAGGAGGGACUCGCUGGCAUCUGACUUGACUUCAUUUCCUGUGGAUUUGUGUCUGUUCUCACUGCAAUAGUAUAGCAUCUUGAUUUUUGUGGAUUUAGAGCGAGUCUUGGGAUUGACAGUACAACUGUUCACUUAGGUCAAAAUUAUUUAAGCUAUGUCAGUAUUAUUGCUUAUAACUUUUAGAAUCAGCAUUUUGGUUUUUUCACAAAAUAGUUUGUUAGGAUUUUUUUUUAAUAGACAGUAUUAGCCCUAUAAUAGGCUUAGGGACAAUUGAUAUCAUAGUAUUGAGCUAUCCAAUCCAUGAACACAGUAUAUCUUUUUAUUUACUUAGCUCUUUUAAAUUUUCACUCAAUAAUAUAUUUUAGUUUUGAGUGGGCAGUUCUUGCAUUCAUUUUGUUUAAAAUAUCCCUAGAUAUUUCACAUUUCUGUUAUUGUAAAUUAUAUUUUUAACUUUAAAUUUCCAGUGUCUUGUUAAUAUAGACAAAUACAACUAAACCUUUUAUAUUGACCCUGUAUCCUAAAAUCUUGAAAAACUUAAUACUUCUGUUAUCUUUUUUGGUAGCUUCCCUAGGAUUUUCUACAUAUAUAAUAUACCAACUGCAAAUAAAGAUUAUAUUGCUUCUUUCAAA